UCAUUACAUACUUAAAUAUAUUAGUAUUCACCAUGAAACUGAAUAUUAAAUCAAUAAUAUUUUUGUUAAUCGAUUUCCAUGCAACAACAGAAGUCCUACAUUUGAGGAGAGCGUGGAUGCUCUGCUGUUGUCUUUGGCACUCUGUGCCUGGGCUGAACAAGGUGCAAUUGACGACUGACAGCCUGACUGGGGACUUGGCAGCAAAGAUCCUGUCCAUGUGUCAUACAUGUCCCAGUCUCCAUAACAUCUGUUUGCAGGUGGAGUACAGUAAGAGAUACAGUGAGCUCAAUGUGUGUUCCUCUCUCAGUGUCACCAGAAACACAGACUCUACCUUGUCAGUUGACAUCCAGUUGGCCCGUGAUGGCAUGACUGAAAUAUCUCCAUCAUUCAUUUCAUUCACAUCACCACAUUCAGAGAUUCCUAAACUGGAUGGACGAGAACUCUUUGAAACUCUUGACAUCCUUAAAGAUUUAGAAGAAGGAUGUGAAGAGCAUGAAGAGCUUGUGGGCGAUUUGAUGUCCACCUUGCUCUCCGUUCCUGGUCUGCAGAAGGUCAGACUCAAGAUCAGCAGUUUAACAGAGAACUGGGUGAGGAGGACUCUUUCCCUAACUGAAAUCUGUCCCAGUUUUCAGGAGAUCAGAUAUGACUGCAUAGAUAGUGGAGGCUUGUUGUUGGAGGAGGUGGAGAGGAUUCUGCAGAGCUCUCAGAUGGAUUCAGAUUGCAGGAUAAUUAUCACAGGGAUAAAGCGCAGUAAAGCCACUGAUGGUUGGACUGAAAUCAUGAUGGACACAUCCAGAUCAUCGUCAGCCUCUGAUGAGAAAGUGAAGGUCACCUUCUGCAGGAACUCUCUCACAAGACUAUUCACAAUAGAUAACAUUGAGACAGAAGACACCAAUGAUGAGGAGCCUGAGGAACCUGAGGAUGAAGACUUUAUCUUUCUAAGUCUUUAGAAAAUCUUAGAAAUCUUUAUCUAAGUCUGUUUAUCAAACACAUUGUUUAUCAUAUCUUUACUCAUUAUUUUGAGUGAAAGCAUUUUAAAGUCAUGUAGAAAAAUGUAAAAACUGUGCCUUUACUUUAUAUUGUAAAAUUAAAUUAACCAUGAAAAAAACUGGUGUCAUAAAAUAGAUACUGAAUACACAGGUGCACAUCGGUUAAAAGAGUCCAGAACAUGUACUCUUGAGUCUUUUCAAGUGUUGGAGUCUUGUUGA